AUGAAACUUUCCGACCGGAUCGAACCCUUCCUGGCCAUCAUCGGCCCGAUGGUCAUGAUCCUUGCAAUCCUUCUGUUCAUGGGGAUUGCCGAACCGGCACGCUAUUUCCGCCUGUCGAACCUUAAUCUCAUUCUACUGGAUGCAGCGCUUUACAUGCCGAUGGCGAUGGCAAUGACCUUUGUCAUUACCCAGCGCGGUAUCGACCUGUCGAUCGGCUCCGUUGCGGCGUUGUCGUCGAUCAUCAUGGCGUUUCUGAUCAAGCAAUACGGAUUUUCCGCACCGGUCGCGAUCGCAAUCGCGCUUUUGCUUGGCGCCGUGUUCGGACUGAUCAACGGUCUGGUGAUCACCAAGUUCAAGGUGCCGGACCUGAUCGGAACGCUUGCUAUGGACCUGGUCUACCGCGGGUUCGCACUGGUCAUCGCAAAAGGUCUGGUGCUGGCACGCUUUCCUGAAAUCAUGACGGAUAUCGGUCGCGGGCAGAUCCCCGGAUUCAUUCCGCUUCCGGUGGUGAUCGGCCUGUUCACGAUGGUUCUCGGGUACUGGCUGCUGAAGAAGACCUAUUUCGGCCGCUACACGGUUGCGAUCGGUUCCAAUCCGGAAGCCGCCGAAAUGACCGGGAUCGCGGUCGAUCGCUACAAGAUCUACGCCUAUGUGCUGAUGGGUGCGUCGGCGGCCCUUGCCGGAGUGAUGCUGACAGGCAAACUCAAUGCGAUCCAGGCGACAUCAGCGCCGUAUUUCAAUCUGCAUGUCAUUGCCGCGGUCGUGGUCGGCGGAACGUCGCUUUUCGGCGGGCGUGCAUCGAUGCUCGGUUCGCUCGCCGGUGUGCUGCUUCUGUCCAUGAUGAUCAACGCACUGGUGACAUUGCGGAUCGAGUUCUUCUGGCAGUCAGUCGCGUCCGGUGUGGUGAUCGUAUCUUCGGUCGCACUCUAUACCUGGUUGCAGAAAAAAGACCGUGAUGGCGCGAAGGGCCUGCUUGCCGGCCUGAAAACGCCGGAAAGCUUGCGGCUACUGCGCCUGUCGGGCGGCCUGAUCGCUGCCCUGGCUCUCUUGCUUCUCAUUGGAACUCUGCUCGCCGGCAAUCCUGUCGCCAGCGGCUGA